AUGGCCUUGGUCUACCGACCAAUGAUGCAGUUCAGUGGCAUGCUGUUCUCUCUGUUGGGAUGGGUCCUGUCCUGUCUCACGACCUACUUACCCCAGUGGAAAAAUCUUAAUUUGGAACUGAACGAACUGGAGAUCUGGACCAUGGGACUCUGGCAAGCUUGUGUUGUCCAGGAAGAAGGGGGAAUGCAGUGCAAGGACUUCGAUUCUUUCCUAGCUUUGCCUCCAGAGCUCAGGAUUUCUAGGAUUUUGAUGUUUUUUUCCAAUGGAUCGGGGCUUUUGGGCCUCUUGCUCUCAGGAUGUGGGUUGGACUGUUUGAAAAUUGGUGAAAGACAACAGGAACAAAAGAAACGGCUGUUGCUGUUUGGCGGAAUGCUCUUCUGGAUGUCGGGGAUUACAGCUAUUGUCCCAGUUUCUUGGGUUGCCCAUUCCACAGUCCAGGAAUUUUGGGAUGAGAAUAUACCAGAUAUUGUUCCCAGGUGGGACUUUGGGGAAGCAUUAUUUGUUGGCUGGCUUGCUGGAUUUUGUCUUGUAUUAGGAGGAUCCUUACUUAAUUGCACAGUCUGUUCAACUGAAGUCCAUCUAUCUUCGGUCCAUUAUGCAGUAGCAGAACAGCAAGAUCAAUGUCAACACUUGGAAACUGAAACUAGGCCUUAA